GCACCCAGAAGUCCAGUCCAGUGAGCUGCACUAGUCCUGAGAGCCACCAGCUCAGAGAAGUAGUCUAGCCACUCCACAAACCUCCAGCCCGACUCCUGCAGCUGCAGCACACACUGAACUCAACCAGUUGCCAAAGAUUAAUUCAAUCAGCAAGGUGACGCUGAGUGACAGCUUUUCUGUGUUUCACUCUGUUGUGAGAUCUCUGAGCUCAUUCAGAUCCCAGCAGCUUCUUACACUUGAGACUUAGAGCUGGCCAACAACACAGAUGAUGAUGGGGAUGCAGCAACACUCACACAGCUUUCUGGUCCUUCUCCUCAUGGUCUUCGUCUGUGGGAUAGCUCUCUCUGGCCCCUCAACUCCCCGCAGGAGCAGAGUGAGACGUCAGAACAUGAAAGUCCGUAUCAAUGCCACAGGAGACACUAUCGUGAUGAAGUUUGUGCGUCCCAAUGCUGACACCAAGCUUGAGGGCUACAUCCUGGGCUACGGCAGCAGCAUGUUCUCCAAACAGUUCAUUCAGCUGCCUGAGAACGGACAGCCGUAUGAAACUGAGUUUGAUGCGGAGCCAAAGUACCUUAUUGCUGUCCAACCCAUCCCUACCAAUGAGAUGAAAAAGCAGUGUACAGGUAAAGUGGAACUGGAGAAGCCACUACACUUGGUCAUUGGGUCGGUAACGCCCACUUCAGUCCUCUUGUCCUGGGGGACCCUGCUGAAAACCCCCUAUGAAGGCAACGUCAUGAAUGACUGUGUGGAGGAUGGACACUACACGGUGCGUUAUCGUGAGAAGAACAGGAAGUGGAACUACCAGACCUGCCCAACCAGUGACACAGUCAUUGACAAUCUGAGGCCCAACACAGUUUAUGAGUUUGGUGUCCAGCCCAACUCUAAGGAUGGCACUGGAUUGUGGAGCAAGCCCGUCAUCCACAACAUCAGCACAGGCGUAGAGGAGAAGGCCAUCAGGAAAAUCUUUAAACAUCCUGUCAACCCUGUGAAACCUUUAACACCAGGUCCACACUCCUUCCCCUUUGCUCCUCGCCAUGUUCACCCUAACAGGACCCAGGGCAGACCGCCCCUCUCCCGGAACAUAGCCCCAAAGACAACUCUUGCUCCAACCACAUCUACUAGACAGGAAUCUCUGUCGACCCCUGGACCCACACUGCCUGUGGUCACCAAACAGCCAAUCGGAGGAAUAGACCUCUCCAGAUCUGUCUUGCCUCCUUCCCUGGAGGUCCUGUUAGCUCCCAAGCUCCGUCCUCCACUACACAUUACAGCCACCAUGGCGACUGUGCAAGUCUCCCAGACAAACAUGGAGAAGCUUGGAGGGCAUCCUCUGAGGAAACAACAAAAAAUACCCCAAUCCCAACCUCAACCAAACCCCCAGCUCCGGCCGCACUAUCGACCACAACCAAAACCCCAAACCAAUAAACCUAAAUUAAAGCCCAAGGCAAAGGCAAAGGCUCAGCCUCAACCAAAACCCUUUUUCGAACCUGAAUCACAACCUCAACCAACAUCCCAGCCCAAACACCAGACCCAACCAACUUCCCAGCCCAUACCCAAGUCCCAACCUCAACCAACAUCCCAGCCCAUACCCAGGACCCAACCUCAACCAACAUCCCAGCCCAUACUCCAGACCCAAGCACAACCCCAAUCAUCAUACCAGCCCAUACUCCAGACCCAACCCCUACCACACUCAACAUCCCAGCCAAAACUCCAGACCCAACCACAACCCCAACCAUCAUCCCAGCUCAUGCCCCAGAAGCAAUUGCAACCCCACCCCCAACCAACAUCCCAAUCCAUACUCCAGCCCAAACCUCAGUUACAACCUCGGCCAAAGCCUCAUCCCCAACCACAGUCUCAAACCACAACCCAGCUCCAGGCUGAACCACAACCUCUACCAACACUCCAGCCCAAACACCAGGCCCAACCUCAAAGACAACUGCAUCUAAAGACCCAGACCCAGCAUCAAAUUCGACCAGAUCCCCAGCCCACACCUGUGGCACAUCGUCAAACACCUCUACCAAUACUCCAGCCCAAACACCAGGCCCGACCUCAAAUACAACUGCAACUAAAGACCCAGACCCAGCAUCAAAUUCAACCAGAUCCUAAACCCAAACCUGUGGCACAUCGCCAAACACCUCAACCAACACUCAAGCACAUACCUCAGACCCAACAAACACUACCAAAGAUUUACAUCCAGCCCAAGCCCCAGCCUCAACCACAAUCUACAACUCGACCACAAACCCAAACACAACCUCAACUAAAAAUCAAACCAGAACCUCAACUAACCACCAAACAGCAGUAUAAGGUCCAACCAACACCUAAACCAAAGAUAAAUUUUUUCAAGCCAAAAACACAACCUCAACCCAAGAGCCAACCCAAUCCCAAAGCAAGGCCUCAACCAAAUAGCCAACCCAAGCCCCAACAACCACCUCAAUCAAAAAAGCAGCCAAAGUCUCAACAAAAAAAGCAACUAAGUCCACAAACAAGAGACAAACAACCUCACCAAAAGAUUCAGCCAUGGCCCCAAUCUCAACCUUCAACUAAGACCCUCUCCCAACCUGAAACUCAUUCUCAACCCAUUUCCCUACCACAACCUACACAAAAGACUAAGACCCAGUCCCAACUUGAACCUCUAUCCAGGCCCCACCCUACAUCUAAGCCCCAACCACAACCUCAACCUGGGCUUCCCUUUCAGUCUCAGACCAGGACCUACUCUGAUCCUACCAAGGUCACCCCAAGGCAGGCUGUCCCUACGGCUCCUAGUCGACCAGAAGAGGGCAAGCCUCUACCAAGACCUGCCCUGGCUACAGAGAAUGCUGGUAGUUACAAUCAGGGUACUGGCAUCAUCAGAUCAUCCAUUGCUGAAGUUCCUCGUUCUCCCAUUAGCUCAUCAGUUCCUUCAGGAGGAAGAAACACCACGCUGUCUCGCAGCCGGGUUCCUCCUCAUUCCACUCAUAAUAGGGUCCGACAAAUUUCUCCAUCCAAGACGUUCACCAACUCUCACAGCUCCAGCACACCUGGGGCCGAUCGGGCGCAUCAUAGGGGCAUUGCUCUUCCUAAACCUGUGGUGUGGUCCAAAGAGAAACCUGUUCUGCGUCCCUCUAUUCCUGUCAACAAGAAACCCAACCUGGUGGGGAAACCUAGUGACCAUGAUAAACCCAUGGACCUGAAACAAGGAGACAAGGAUUCCAUCUUGAAGCCAUUCCCUCAGGUCACAGCCAAGCCCAAGCAAGAGCGCAGGCAGCAGACAACCACCUCCGCCCCGGCAGUAAACAGCAGCCGUUUUGACAUAAAUGAAAACUCCUCCAUAUUCAGGCCUAUGCCUGCGUCAGAGGUAGACAUCAUGGGCAAGAAGCGCUUUGUAGCUCCCCAUGUGAUCUACAAGACGGAUAAGAAGCCAGAUGAGCCAUGCUCUAUCACCUCCUCCCUCUCUUACUUCCCUGAUGAGGAGGGCAGCGAUCAGAAUGUCACUGGUCCUCCCCGAAUACCUCCCUCCAACCUCACUGUGGUUACUGUGGAGGGCUGCCCGUCUUUCGUCAUUCUUGACUGGCAGAAAUCUGACAAUGAAACCAGAGAGUAUGAAGUUGUAUCCAAAACUAAAGGACCACACGGAGAGGAGGUGUCCAUACUGACGACCAACCAGACACACACAGCCGUGGAGAAUCUCCAACCAGAGAGCAGUUAUGAAUUCAAAGUAACACCAAAGAAUGAGCUGGGAACAGGACCCUCCAGUGAUCCUGUGACUUUUAGCACAGAAUCAGCGGAUCCACGAGUGAGCGAAAAUGUUUCAGGCAAAGAUGCCAUCUGGACUCAGUUCCCGUUUAAAUCCGACGCCUACUCUGAAUGCAACGGAAAGCAAUAUGUGAAGAGAACUUGGUACCGAAAGUUUGUGGGCAUCCAGCUCUGCAACUCCCUGAGAUACAAGGUCUACCUGAGUGACUCUCUCCAUGGGAAGUUCUACAACAUCGGAGAUCAGACGGGACACGGUGAGGACCAUUGUCAGUUUGUGGACUCCUUCCUGGAUGGACGGACCGGUAGCCAGAUGAUGGCUGACCAGCUUCCAAGCAGGCCAGGGUUUUAUAGAGCGAUGAGACAGGAGCCUGUCAGCUUUGGAGAGAUUGGAGGGAAGUCACAUGUUACUUAUGUAGGCUGGUACGAGUGCGGCACACCCAUACCUGGGAAGUGGUAAGACUUCACGAGGCUGUCCAGGAAGGGUGACUUCCUUGGUGGAAGAAGAGGAUGCCUGACUAGGCCUGAGGGGAGGUGGGCCUUUCUUUCAUGUUACCAUGGAGACUGUAGAUGGGUCUGUCUGUUUGAACUCGACUCUCGCCCAGGCAUGAAACCUGUACAGGGCUAUUAGGUGUCACCAACCUCGAUUGCAUUUGUAACAUUGGUCUUAAUUUCUGUAUUUAUCAAAAAUGUCACAACAGUCGAAAGAAUGCAGGAGUUUGAGUGAACCAAAAUGUUGAAUAUAAAGUAAUCACAGAGAAAAUGUUGGGAAGCUGGCUCCCAAAGUGUAAUAACUUGUAUGAUAUUAUUUAUCAAGGGGAUUGUUACUGAAUAUUCUGUGUGUGCUCUGGCUUUUGAGAUGAGAAAGUAAAAAUUGUUCCAAAUACUUGCAUGUCAUUGAGCACCCAUGCAUUUGUGUAGAGAAAGGUGCCAAUCAUACUUUCAUUGCGUACAUUUGGACUAUGUAAGAUACGAUAUGCGGAAUUGACCUUCUGCUGGCCCUAAUGGAUUAUUAGCAGUUGCAGUUUGCACAGCAUUAAACUUUUGUUCAUAUAUGUAUAUGGUGUGAAAUACAAUUUGUAUACCAGGGAUCAUGUAGAUUGAUAUAUUUCAGGUAAAAGAUGAAACAGCUUUAGCCAAAUUGUUGAUCUAUUGUAAGAAAACCAAAGCUUGAGCCCAACGUUUCUAUGGGGUCACUUGGACACAAAAGAUUUAUGUAUUUGUAAUGCUCGUGCAGUCUUGUCCUGUAUUUUAUAAAAGAAUAAAAUAUUAAAAUUAUAAAUAAAUAAACUGAGCUUCAAGGUGGAAAUGACAUAAGCAAAUGACAUAAUUUAUGUUGUUGUGUUCAAAUUUACUACGUGUACAUAAAGCUAUUAAUCAUUGGAGAGACAUUACCAGGUUUUUUCCACAUCUGUCAUGACUGCAGUUGUUUUUGAUGCACCAUGUAUGUUUUCAGUAAUAAAUCUUGUUUUUAUAUUUACUGAUA